CCGCCCCGCGCGCUGCUGUCGCUUCGUCACGCCCUGCUCCGCCCGGCCAGGUCUUAAAUAGGAGACGAUCGUCUUGGAAGGUCGAAAUGUUCGCGUGUGCCGCUAAACUGUCGUCCACUGAGCAAGGAUGCGAAUAAGUCUUUUUCUUCAGUAUUUACUUGAGAUCGCUCGCUGUAACUCGCCAGUGAGAACUGCGGCAUCAACGUGGGAGCUUCUUUAUUUCGAGGGUCCACUGCAAGCAAACCCUGUGCUAUGUUUCAAGAUGUCCUGGGAAAAACCUUCAGACUUCUUGGAUAUACCAUUCAGUAUGGCUGCAUAGCACACUGUGCCUUUGAAUACGUUGGAGGAAUUGUUGUGUGUUCUGGACCUUCAAUGCAGCCAACAAUUCAAAAUUAUGAUAUUGUUGUUUUGGACAACCUUAGCCGCCAUUUUUAUAGCAUUCAAAAAGGUGAUAUUGUAAUUGCAAAAAGCCCAAGUGACCCAAAAUCAAAUAUCUGUAAAAGAGUAAUUGGCUUGGAAGGAGACAAAGUCUGUACAAGCAGUCCUUCAAAUUUCCUUAAGAGUCAUAGUUAUGACCCAUUUCUAAACAUCAAUGGUAAGUCCCAACCCAGUGCCCCAAGGCAGGAAAUCCAGGGGUCAGAAAAACCCACGCAGAAAAAAAGCAGGUUGGCACGUCCGGAGGCAGCACGUGGUUCCCAAAAAUGGAGCCUGACUGACCAGUACACUUAUUGUUACCCCAGUAACAAUAGUGUUAUUGUUUUAAGUGUAUUGUUUUAAGUGUAAGAGCCAUAUUGUUUUAAGUGUACUGUACCUUUAUGUAGCCAAACUCUGUGUUAGGUUAUACAUACAUUCAAAUCACACAUUCUUUAAUGAGUAAAAAAAAAAAAAAUAGCAAUUAUACU